AUGAUCGCCGAGCCGCCUAUUGGUUUUUUGGGGGAACCCAAUGCUAACCCGUUGCGCAGCUCAUUUGCCAGUAACAGCCCGGAUGUACAAGCUGCCACUCCAGACACUCCUAGCCUUGGCGAGAACACAACGGUCAAGUUCCCCGUCAACAACUCCUCCGGCAGUCAUCAAUGGGAGGACACGGAGCAUACCUCCUCGCGGGGCCGCACAGGCAUUGCAGACCUUCCCAAAAACAGAAGUGGUGAUUUCAUAGAAAGCAACUCGGAAGAAACGAUACAUUUAGACUCAACUUCUCGUGGGAGGUCCAGCGCGACCAACAGUGGUGUGACAUCAAUCUCGCAUGAUAUGACCCCGGACGGCAUAACUUCAGAAGACUUCAUUUCGGACGCGGACGCAGUGGGAAAUUUGGCCUGUCACAAUACUGGGUAUGCGGCAGCAGAAUUUGCUAUUUCGAGUACAAACCAUGACAGCACAUCUAUUAAACUCAGACAUGAUCCCAAGGACCCUGAACCCGACUACCAGAAGGUGCCCAUUGCAGAACAUUCGCGAACCGUCUGUGCACAGGAAGAACAGCUUCUCAAGCUCCCUACGACGCUCGCUAUUGCUCAGACUACAGUGCCAGCGCGGACAGGCAAUUGGCAGAGCUUUUCCAGGAACACCACCACUGACCUUCCACAUCCUAUUGGGCAGUUGUUACCAAUGAUACCCCCUCCUUCGCCUCAAGCUAAUUCUUUUGGCCAUCCCUUUUCUCCCGCACGCCCUGCUACACCCAUGGACUUUUCCAAGAUUGUAAUCAGCCAGAAAGACCAACCCGGACCCAGCGAACUAACUAAAGACAUCCAUGGCAAAACGAUAGGAAACAAGGCAAAGACCUCGGGUCGACAAUCUCGUCAAUUCCUUCACGACACGCAGUCGUCAUCUGGGACAGUCGGCAGCGGCGAGACAGAUGCGACGGAAGUUCAGGAUGGCUCUACAAACAGUGGAAUCUCGCACGGUCUCCAUCUACUUAUGAGUGAGGAAAUGAGGACGCUUACUUCCGAUAGCCUUAACAACGAACCGUUGUGA